CCGCGGGCGGCGGCUCCGGGCCCCGGGCGCUCCCACCUGCGCCGCCGCCCCGCCCCGUCCCGCUCCCGUCCCGUCCGGCCGCGCCAUGAAGCUGCACUUCAGCAUCGCCGCCGCCGAGGAGCUGCGGGAGAGGCGCGGGGGCCGCUACGUGCUGUACUCCGUGUGCCUGGAGGGCUUCCUGCUCGGCAAGGUGCGCUACAGCCAGCUGCGCCGCUGGGACGCGCAGAGUUGCCUCUGUCCUUCUGCCCUCCAUUCCUCCUCUGGCUUUAUUAGGAAGAUAAAAGAGCGCGUGACAUGGAGCUCAGUGGAAGCAAGUUUACUGCUGAGGCGGCUCUUCGGGAGCACCGUGCCUGCUUUCCCUCCGAAGUUUUACCUGGCAAUGACCAAGUCGAUGGCUGAUGAGAGACGGUCUCAGCUGGAGCAGUACCUUCAGAACGUUACUUUAGAUUCAAAUAUUACCAACAGUGAUGUCUUCAUAGGUUUUUUCCGAAAGCUACAGCAGGACACGUUUAAGAUUGAAACCCAGAGAGCUUCUUUGGAUGUUUACCUUGCUGAUGGCAGCAAUAUUAGACUUGAUAUCCAGACAUCAGACACUGCAGAAAGAAUACUAGAGGUUACAUCAUACAAGAUGGGGCUAUCAAGAGAAUUAAUAGGAUAUUUUAGCCUAUUUUUUAUUCAAGAUCACAGUGAUGGAGCGCUCUCUGUGGUGAAAAAAGUGGCAGAAUUUGAACUUCCUUAUGUGAGUCUUCAGAGCAUGAAAGAGUUGCACUGUAAGCUUGGGAUCAGAAAGUGGUAUAUGGAUCCUUCUCUUGAUACACUGCUGAUGGAUUGUAGGGCUUCAAUGAAUUUGCUAUAUAUACAGGCAAUCCAGGAAAUAGAGAGGAAUUGGAUUAAACCAACAGAGGGGGAAAUGCAGGAGCUUGAAUUUCUACAAAAGACUGCAAACAAAAGGAAGUUCCUGGAGCUGGUUCGAGAAAUGCAGUUCUAUGGAUACAUACGUCUUGAUCCUUGCAUUUGUGACUACCCAGAAGUAGGUUGCUCAGCUGACAUCUAUGUGGGCAGUAAUGAAAUUAACUGCUGCAUAAAAUUGCCUACUAACCAAACCAAAGAGGUCAGCUUUAAGAUCAGCAGGUUGAGAUGUUGGCAGGUCACUCUUCUUGGUGCUGAAAAGGAUGGUGAAGAAGAGACUCUGGAGCUCAGAUUUGAGUACAGAGAUUCAGAUAAAUGGCAGUGGAUAAUUUUUUACACAAAACAGGCCUUUCUGAUGAGUAGCUGCUUGAAGAAAAUCAUAUCAGAACAGAUGAUGAAGGCAAGCAAAGAAGCGCAAGAAAUGGAGGUCAAGAUGCCUGAAUCUACAAAAAAUAGCAAGAAACCCAGCAUCCAACAGAAACAGGUAGUUCAUUCCAGUUUUAUACCAAGGAGAAGAUUUUUGGUUCAGCCAAACAAAGAAGAUUAUGUAUUUGAGAAAAUAAAAGAAGAGGACCUGUGACAAUUUAUUUUAGAUACUGUCUUCUGAGAUUAUCUGAAAAUAGAAACCCUUUGAAAUCUUGAAUUAUAAGAAAAGUAUCUUCAGUGUAA